UGGCAGCCGGGACGUCUGCGGACUGUGUGCCUGAGCUCAGGAAGGGUGCGUGUCCCCAGUGUCCGCUCCGGUCGCCCGGUCAGGAAUGCGCCUCACAAAGCCGGUGUGCGGUGAAAUAUUUGAUGAAACGCCAGCGGGGACUGUGAUCUAAGAAGCGUCAUGGUUUGCCAUCGCGUAUUCCCUCACUGUCUUAGCGUGCACGUUUGAUUCAUUGAGCUAGCUGGGGUUAGCUCGCUCCGUUGAUUCAUAUCACGCUAGGUCGCUAGCUUUAGCGUGCAGCUAGCCGGGUAGCUAGCUCGUAAGCUAGUUUCACAGUGCUGCUGCCAAGUCGUCGAACAGAAGAGAACCAGGCUGACUGCUGAGCCCAGUCGAUACCUCGGAAAACGAGUGGUGGCAGGCGGGGGGUCGGGAGAACGCGACGGAGUGGAAGUGAGUCAGGAGCGGCUGAUGAGUUCAGAUCAGAACGGAGAGCCGCCGCAGCUGCAGGAGGAGGCUGAUCCCGGACCGGAGACUGGUGGGAAGGACGAGGCUCCGCUGGGGAGCGAGGGAGGGUCAGGCGGCAUGGUCACCUCUAAGGGCGCCGGUUUGAACCCGAAUGCCAAGGUGUGGCAGGAGAUGCCUGUGGCCCCCAGCGAAGCUGUUACCAACAGCCCCCACUGGCCCCCCGCCGACAUCAGUGAGGGUUAUUGUGAGCCUUCUACUGCUGGAUGUAAGCAGUACUCUGUGGGGUUCACGACCCUGGAUGACAGCAGCGCCACAGCAACAGCUGAGAUAGCAGUUAAUGGAAUGGACCCUCCAGAGCAAAGCUUUUCCCCUGCCGAGUUAACCACGGAGACUUCAGAUUCCAAAACUGAAGAGCAAUCGAAGAUCUCCUCUGAUAAUCUUCGGGAGUGUCUUAAGAAGGAGCUUGAGUUUUAUUUUUCCAGAGAGAACCUCUCGAAGGAUUUGUACCUGAUGUCACAGAUGGACAGUGACCAGUUUGUCCCUAUUUGGACCAUAGCCAGCAUGGAGGGCAUCAAGGUCCUCACCACUGACAUGGACCUCAUCUUGGAUGUGUUGAGAUCCUCUCCUAUGGUACAAGUGGAUGAGAAGGGGGAGAAAGUUCGUCCUAAUCACAAGCGGUGCAUCAUCAUCCUGCGGGAGGUCCCUGAAACCACGCCUGUUGAGGAAGUAGAGGCACUGUUCAAAAAUGACAACUGUCCAAAGGUGAUAAGUGUCGAGUUUGCACACAACAACAACUGGUACGUCACAUUCCAAUCCGACACUGAUGCUCAACAGGCAUACAAGUAUUUAAGAGAGGAAGUGAAAACAUUUCAGGGAAAACCCAUCAUGGCCAGGAUAAAAGCCAUCAACACAUUCUUUGCAAAGAACGGCUACCGUAGCGUGGACAGCAGCAUGUACGCUCAGCAGGCCCCGAGCCAGUCGCAGUACAGCUCUCCGCUCUACAUGCAGCACGUCUACCCGCAGCAGCAGUACCCAGUUUACAGCAUCGUACCUCCCACCUGGACGCCUUCGCCCACGCCGUAUUUUGAAACCCCUCUGGCGCCGUUUCCCAACAGCAGCUUUAUGAACGGAUUUGGCUCUGCCGGACACUACAAAACUGGCUCUAGUUCUCUAAAUAUCACCCGCCCAUUCAACAGAAACCGUGUCCCCCUCUAUUCAAGAAAGAAUGUAAUAAAUGCCUUCAGAAACCACGUGAAGCCGCAGGUGAGGACGGGCGAGGUGACCUCGGCGUCUCUAACUCCCGUCCCCUUGGAGAGUUUGACUGGACUGCGCAGUCCGCAGCCCGCCGCUCCCGUCGCCCCUGUCCAGACAGCAUCUGACCUGAAUUCAGCCUUUUCACACCUCUCCUGCUCCGCCGAUCCCAGUGAUGACGGCGGCGUGGCCGGACGUGGAAGACGGAGCACAACCUACAGAGGAACACGGAGGAGGCGAGAAGACGAAAGGAUUGCUCGGCCAUUUCCGUUGGCAGAGGUCAAAGUUUCUCCACCCAAGUUUGACUUGGCUGCUACCAACUUCCCACCUCUUCCCGGCUGCGUGGUCAGUACACAGGGAGAGCCAGUGCUGGAAAACCGAAUGUCCGAUGUUGUUCGCGGUCUGUACAAGGACAAGACGGAACCAGCCAACAAAGAAGCCACCGUGAGUCCAGGUUCAGGGCCACCUCCAGUCGCAGAGGAGGCUGUAGUUAUAACGAGUCGCACCCCGGCGGCACUGAAAUCUGCUCCGCAGCCAGCCGCACCAUCAGCUACUGGUAUUGCUCGCCAGGAGAGGAGAGUUGAACGGGCGGAGCCUGCAGCUCCUAAAGCUGCUCCACGCACACCUCUUCAGACCGCCGUGGUGCCAUCCCCCACCACGCAACCUGUGCCUAGCUCCAGGCCUCCGCCCUCUGCCGCCGCCGUUGCUGCAACAACUGUUGCUGUUGCUACAGCCGCUGCUGCUGUGGCUCCUUCUCCUGCCGCCUCCACGCCCGCAACUCCUGCCGCGCCGGCUCCUGCUGCGGCCGCUGCCCCCGCCCCUGCACAGGAACCACGCAAGCUCAGCUAUGCUGAAGUGUGCCAACGGCCACCUAAGGACCCUCCGCCUGCGGCCCCGGCCCCCACUUCCACGAGUCCCGCGCCGGGCCAGCCGCUACGUGAGUUGCGCGCGAAUAAGGCCGAGGAGCCGGGCUCCAGCGCUGCUUCUGGAGACAAGCAGGAGAAGGCCCAUGACAGGGAGGGGGGUUGGGAAUACAAGGAGAGCCGACCGGCACGCGAACGUGACUCUCAAGGCUACUACCGCAGCAACGGCCCGAGAGGGAACGGGGGCCUCAAGUUCCGUGACCAGAGGCGCCCGCCUCCGGCCCGACGCAGCUCCCCGCAGGGGGGCUACAGGCACACUGGCAAAGAGCAGAAUAUUCCACCAGUAUCGCCAAAGUAAAAAAAAACUUUAUAUGAAUGGAGGAGGAAAAAAAAGAUGUACGAGUAUAUACAUGGAUAUAUAUAUAAUUAUAUAAAAAUGAAUAACAUAAAAGCAACAACAUUAUGGUAGCCGCCUUUCCUCCCCACUGGGACGUGUCCAAAGAAAAAGCUUUUCUAAAUGACAAUGAGACCGGGACAUCCUGGACAAAUGGGAAAAUUGACACCUGAAGAACUUUAAUGAGUGAAAAGGAAACAUUUUGUUUUUUGCUUCCAGCAUAAUGCGUAAAAGAAUUGAAGCGUGAUUCAUCUAGAGGCGGUCUCAUCUUUGCUCGGCUAGUGAGAGGUGGGAUGCUGGGCCGCGUACUCGGCCCGCUACCCUUUUUUCUUUUCUUUUUAAGAUGUCUGCAAGAACAUUAUGCACUAAAAAGAAAAUAACAUGCAUAUAUGUCAUGUACAUAUACAAAGAUAUCACUAACACGCAAUGAGACAUCAGGUUUUUUUUUUCUUGUGUGCUUAAGGUUUGCAAGUAUGACUGACGGGUUGAGUGAUGUCGGUGGAUGCAUUUAUUGUUUAGCAACCUGAUUGAAGUGCUACAGUGUGCUGUUGCAUUGAUGUAAUGAAAUGGAUGAUGAUUUUUUUAAAUUUCAUUUCAACAGCAGAGACUCUGAACCGUUGUCCUGAGACCGGACAGUGUGGUCCUCUAAUGUAUAUUAAUGAAAUGUGUUCUAUGUCGGUAUUUUCAUUCUCGUUAUCGGCUCAAAUUUGAUCAAGUUUCAGAAACUGCUGAUGUACGCUGCAGUCACAUGCGUGAUUCUGUUUGAGCCUGAAUUCCACUUUGGGUCGCCCACUGGCCUGUUUAGCCACAGAAAACCCGCUAGCAUUUCAUGUUGCGUUCAAUCUCCUUUUUUGUUUUUUGCCUGAACCGACUCAGCGCUAACCACUGAUGGCUUCAGGACAUUUUCAUGUUUAUCAGUCAGGUUCUCUGUUUACAGGUUUUUGAUUUGGUUGAGGAGUGACCUUUUCCAAGAGGGGAAGAACAAAUAAUUGAAUUAAUAACAUUUGACUGUUCAGUGCACCUGGUAGUUUAGGUGAGGAUUGGAUUUUCUACUUCACAGGAUAUCCAGGUUAAGCGUAUCUGUGAACUCUUAAUGAUGGCAUAGUGUCCAAACAAAUAGACUGAGGCGUCCUUUAGCCGAGAGCGAUUAAUGACAUUUGGCAGCCACGUUGUUGGCAUAAAGAAGAUUGGAACAUUUCUGCGUCUUAUGUGCCAGCUGCCUAUGAUCAUAGUGUGCUAGAAUAAAGUUUUGAUUUCUAUUGACAAGGUCCGCUCAGUAAUUUACUCUUGGGGAAACUUUUGGCCCAGUGAAACUGGAUUUUGAAAGGCGCUUUAGGUGUAGUUGCCUUUGCUAUUUUGUGAAACCCUUCACUAGAAAAUGUGUGUGGGAGAAUGUAAUUGUUCUAGAACUGAAUUUACGGAGGAAGGUGUUGGACAGCAGGUAUCCACCAGAUUGUUUUGUGCUUUUAGGGUGAGUUUUUUUUUUUUUGUGUGUGAGAAAAACAGGAUUUAGGAUUUGACGUUUGCCUCGCUAUGUAUUACUUUUAAAAUGUAUUUAUUUAAAUUCUGAUGCACGCUUUUCUCCCAAUCUUGGUAGGCUGGUUUCCCCAAAGUUGUGUGAAAUCGCAUUGGCAAAAUAAAAUCACGCACAGGACAUUUCUAAACUGUCAGCUGAGCGAAAAUACUUAAUGCAUUGACUUUGGGUUUAGCAAUGCCGUUAAAUGAGUAAACAAUCACUUCUGGGGCUGCUAAUUCUUCAUUGAGUAUGAGCCGCUAGUUAUUUAGAAUAAUUAAAUAAAUGCGCUAACUAAGAAUUUUACUCAUGAUUAAAGUGAAAUCAUGUUCCAUAAUGGUUAAUGGUAACAGGCUUGCAAAUACCUCCAGCAGCCCCCUCCCCCCUUCAUAUGUUUGGCUCAUUUUCUAUUAAUUUGGGUUGGGGUGGCAAAAGGAAAUAUAGUAAUGGAUUAACAAAGUGUUUGAGACACAAUCCUAGAACUGUAUGAACUGUCACCAAAAAUAAAUUAUUUUGAUUUGGC